AUGGAGGCUCCUUUCAGCUGCAGGUCCCCAGCUUCCGGGACAGCCAAUGAGACGCCGCGUAGCAGCGGCUCGCUGAUCUCCCUAGACUCCAGCGUCUUCUGCAGCGAGGGAGAAGGAGAGCCCUUGGCUCUGGGGGACAGCUUCACCGUCAACGUGGGCGGCAGCCGCUUUGUCCUGUCCCAGCAAGCGCUGUCCUGCUUCCCGCACACGCGGCUGGGCAAGCUGGCCGUGGUGGUGGCAUCCUGCCGCCACCCCGGCACCCUGGCCGCCGCCUCCAGCACCCUAGAGCUCUGCGACGACGCCAACCUGGUGGACAAUGAGUACUUCUUCGACAGGAGCUCUCAAGCUUUCCGAUACAUCCUACACUACUACCGCACUGGCCGGCUGCACGUCAUGGAGCAGCUGUGCGCGCUCUCCUUCCUACAGGAGAUCCAGUACUGGGGCAUCGACGAGCUGAGCAUCGACUCCUGCUGUAGAGACAGGUACUUGAAAAGGAAGGAGUUGAGUGAGACCUUAGACUUCAAGGAUGAUACUGAAGACCAGGAGAGUCAGCAAGAGAGUGACCAGGACUUUUCUCAAGGUCUCUGCCCUACUACCCGACAGAAGCUCUGGGACAUUCUGGAAAAACCAGGGUCUUCCACUGCUGCCAGGAUCUUUGGAAUCAUCUCCAUCAUCUUUGUGGUCGUGUCCAUUGCCAACAUGGCCCUUAUGUCAUCUGAGCCAAGCUGGCUGGACAUGCAGCUAUUGGAGGCCCUGGAGUACCUGUGUAUUACUUGGUUCACAGGGGAGUUUGCUCUGCGCUUACUCUGUGUGAGGAAUAGGUGUGGCUUCUUAAGAAAAGUAGCAAACAUCAUUGACCUCCUGGCCAUCCUCCCCUUCUAUAUCACUCUGUUGGUGGAGAGCCUGAGUGAAGGUGAGACCACACAAGAGCUGGAAAACGUGGGGCGCAUCGUGCAGGUUUUGAGGCUGCUCAGGGCUCUGCGAAUGCUAAAACUGGGCAGACAUUCAACAGGCUUGCGGUCACUAGGAAUGACACUCACUCAGUGUUACGAAGAGGUUGGCCUGCUGCUCCUGUUUCUGUCUGUGGGCAUUUCAAUAUUUUCAACUGUGGAAUAUUUUGCUGAACAAAGCAUGCCAGGCACAACCUUCACAAGUGUGCCUUGUGCAUGGUGGUGGGCAACAACAUCCAUGACUACUGUGGGUUAUGGUGACAUUAGGCCAGACACCACCACAGGCAAAAUUGUGGCCUUUGUGUGUAUACUAUCAGGAAUACUUGUUUUGGCGUUGCCUAUUGCUAUUAUUAAUGACCGCUUUUCUGCCUGCUAUUUCACUCUGAAGCUGAAGGAAGCAGCUAUUCGACAACGUGAAGCCUUGAAGAAAUUGACAAAGAAUAUAGCCACUGACUCCUAUAUCAGUGUUAACUUGAGAGAUGUUUAUGCCCGAAGUAUCAUGGAAAUGCUCCGAUUGAAAGGCAGAGAAAGAGCAAGUACUAGAAGCAGUGGGGGAGAUGACUUCUGGUUUUAA